AUGAUCCGGCGGUCGGAGCGAAAGCGACGCAGACCGUCGUUUUUCUCGCCAUCCCAAUCCCGGCCGACCUCCAAGGAGAAGACGAAACACGCCCGAAAAACCGCUCCCCAGCGCAUCUUCGACGAGCUACCCCCGGAGAUGCUCGAGAUGGUGCUUCGCUUCCUAACGUACAAGGAAAUCGCCGGCUCGGUGCGGCUCGUUUCGAAGAAGUGCUCGGCGGUGGCCACGGCAAUACUUAACGGCGCCUUUCUCUCGGCCGGUCCCCGAAUCCGCGCGGCUCUCGAGCAAACGGACGCCCUGUCCGUGUCGUCGAAGCGCGAGUUCGACCGCGCGCUCUUCGGCAGGGUGCACGACUGCCUCGACGUGGUCCAGUCUCAGUUCGACCUGCUGAAGGCGUGUUGCUGGCGUUACACCCACCCAACGGGGGAGCGGUCGUUUGGCAGGUUGUGUUUCUACGGGGGGGCGAUUCUGGACGACCUCGACGAGAUGCUGGAGGACGCGGUGACGAGGCCAGGGUGCUUGAUCAGCAUGGACGGGCCGGCGCGGAGGAUCGCCGAGUUCUCGCUCACGUGCAAGACCUUCAUGAAUUACUUUGAGAAGGUGUCCGAGCGCAGGGUGAACAACACCCUGAUCUCCGGUUGCAAGGCUGUCGACGUGCUGGACUGCCUUUUGAUAGGCAGGGAGUUGCUGAGCUGUCGGUUGUCGGGGCAGCGGAGCGAGCCGGGCACGGCGGCGGUGAGCAUGAAGGUUCGAUACGUGCUUCGACGAGCUUGGUUUACGUGCCUCGAGGCGCCGGACGAGCAGAAAAACGCCACCGAGGACUCGUGGAGGGACCAACAGAGGUUCAUGUACUUGAGGCUGAGGAGGCUCGUCGGGAUUAUCAACGAGCACCACCUCGAGAGAAAACACUACGACAGGGAAUUGUUCUUCAGUUCCAACGCCCUGCCGCCACCCAGGCAGCUGCCCUGCUCUACCUACUCUGGGUACGGCGAGUGCGGGGGCCGUUUUUAUUAUUACGGUAACAUGAACGAGUACGCGUACGAUAGUAAAAUCAUUGACGCUUGGAGGAAGAAUUCGGCGAGGGAUAGGAUGCAGAAGAAGGUGCCGGAGGACAAGCCGUGCUACGAUCUCGUGAUCAACGUCGAGCUCAAGUGUUCGCCGGAGCUCGCUCCUCUUUCCGUGAGGUAA